CUUGCCAGCAUUGUAUGUCAUACUUGCGACAAGAACGUGCGCGGGCGACGCGAUCAAUAUAUUGGAAUUUUAAUAUCGAUAUUUAUAUCGAUUUCGUUUGAACUUUUAUUGAGGAUUUUCAUAGACAUUGAAUUUUUUCGUACUUAUUAUUCCUAUAUUUUAACUUUGACGAUUUUCCAAUCGUUUUUCGAUCGGAGUGGUACAUUUAUAUUUAGACUCUUGUGUUUUUAAUCGUGUGUGAUGACUUCUUCAGUGUAAUAAAGCUGAAAAUCUGCUAAAUUCUUACUGUAUAAAUUUAUAAAAUAGAAAAGAAAAUGGCGGCGGAAAUGUCUUUCGCCAACGCGACAGCUGACACCGGUUUCUCCGACGUGUUCGCGAACCAUAUGAAAGGGCUGGGAAGAAUGUUCUAUAUACAUUCGCCAAAGGAACAGCUGUAUGAGAAAGUUGAAGAUGUGCCUAACUUCUUUAGACAGUCGUAUCCGUACUUCUUAAUAUUCAUGAUCAUCGAGCACAUAGUCCUGAGGCUGGAAGGCAAGAAAGGAAUCCGGCUCAACGACGGAAUUACCAGCAUAUCUCAUGGAAUAUUCCAGGAAUGUGGAAGGUUAAUAUGGCGCGGGGCGGAGUCGUAUCUGUACACCUGGAUAUACUGCAACUUCAGGAUAGUAGAGUUGCCCUGGAACAAUACACUCACCUGGUAUGCAGCGGCCUUGGGCGUCGACUUCUGUUACUACUGGAUGCAUAGAGCUUGUCAUGAGGUCCACAUCUUAUGGGCCCAACAUCAAGUGCACCAUACUUCUGAGGACUUCAACAUGGGUGUCGGCAUAAGACAGUCAGUUCUACAGGGAUGGUGCGGAUUUAUCUUCUACCUCCCACUGGCGCUGGCGAUACCACCAGCACAGUUCGUGAUGCACCACCAGUUCAGCUACCUCUACAUGUUCUGGAUCCACACUGAGACCAUUAAGAGCCUUGGACCUUUGGAGUACAUCCUCAACACUCCUAGCCACCAUAGAGUUCAUCAUGGCAGCAACAAAUACUGCUUAGACGUGAACUACGGUGGAGUCCUCAUCAUCUGGGACCGGCUAUUCGGCACCUUCCGACCCGAGACCGACAAGAUCGAGAUCAUUUACGGACUCAUUUACAACCAGCCUUCUUUCAACCCGGCUUACCUACAGUCGUUCUACACUCGCUACGUAAUCCAGAAGUGCCGCCGUCUGGAGACCUGGAGUGAUAAGCUGAAGGCAGUCGUGUGGGGUCCCAGCUGGGAACCUGGUACUCCUCGACUCGGCGACGAAGACAUGAAAGUUGAAGUGGAAAACCGUCCCAAAUACGACGUUUUGCUGCCCGCAUGGUGCAACACUUACAUCGUUUUGCAUUACGCGGUCGUUUUGUAUGGCUUCUUCGAACUGGCUUCCCGGUAUAUGGGCAUGACUCCGUUAUCAGUGAUAGUCUUCGUAUUCUACGUGAUGGCAUCCCUAACAAUCAUAGGCAUGAUCUUCGACAACUCCAAAUACGCACCAAUGCUUGAAGUCGUCAGAUGUUCAGCCCUAGCCUUUUUAACUAGGAGCCUGGCUACCAGCCCCCUUCUGACAGCCCUGCAAAUGUUCUACGUAGUAUCUGCCAUGUUCUGGUGCCUACAUACGUUGAAACUUCUAGAAAUUAAGAAAAAAGUUGAUUAGAUUUAAGUGAUUGUUUGUUAAAAGUUGCGUGAUCAAUGUUGAAAUUGUUAAAAAUGUAUGGAUGGUAAUGUUUUGUAUUGGUUUUUUAAGUAUAUGGUUACGUUGAGGCGAUUUAGUGCUUCAAAACUGAUCUAAAUCAAAAGUUAGUGAUUUCCAUAAGAAAAAUUAAUUAAGUUCUAAAGUGUCUGACAGAUCAAUUAAAAAAAAUUGUGCUUGUAACUCGGUGUAACAUUUACCUACUUUACGAAAAUUGAACACGUGCAGAAUUCCAUUUUUGAAUUCUCUAAGUUUUUUUUUUAAAUUACAGCCUGGCAAAAGGUUUUUUAUCAAAUCAUGUACUUACUUAUUUAGUACUUAAUUAAAAGUGUUUUUUUUUUCUACUACAUUAUGCAUUUAAAUAAGUCUCAGUUCUAAAUUUUUUUUUAGAUAAGACAUCAGAACAGCGGAAGCUCAUUCCUAUUCUUGAUUUGGACGCAUCGUAAGCCCAAUCUUUCGGAUACGUGCUAACAAAAACUUCAGGGGCGUCCCUCAUACCCCGAUUGCCAUCUCGACCUGUCGUGAACUAUAUUUAUCAAUAUCUGUCACAUCUAAACUAAAGCAGAAUACUAAUUUCACUAUCUACUAAUUUUAAACUUUUCAUCCAAGAUUUUAAAUGACUAAAUUAACCUUUAAAGUUCAAUCUUUACACCCAUAUAAUUAUUUUAGUUUAUUCUUGACUCUCCUUUAAUCACAAAUGUUGUCUGAAUUGGUAAAAUAAAUAGUUUGUUGAAAUAAGUAGGUACACAGGUACAUAGGGUAUCGAGUUCUUGCAUAAUUAGUACGUAGCUUUGGGAAAUGUUUUUACAUUGGCUUUGUAAUAUCAAUACAUAAGUCCUGUUAGUGUUUAUUCAAGCGGACCACAAGUCACAACCCAACUUUUAAAUUAAGCCUCAAUAGCUCAACGGUUAUAGGAGUGGACUGAAUUCCGUAAGGUCGGCGGUUCAAACCCCACCCGUUGCACUAUUGUCGUAACUCGUACCCACUCCUAGCACAAGUUUUACGCUUAGUUGGAGGGGAAAGGGGAAUGUUAGUCAUGAUUAAAAUGGCUAAUAUCCUUUAAAAAAAACUGCUAAUGGUCUAACUGGUCGUGAACCACGGUGAACCACCGUACCAUUUGUAAAUCGUAAUUUGCCUGGCGACGUUUUUGUCUCUGUGGUGUUGUGUGUUGUCUGAAAGGACUCUUAUAGUUUUGAAAUCAUAGAAUAUAUUGUUUUGCAAAAUAAAUCUAUUCUUUGCGAAACAAUACAUUCUACUAUAAGGCUUAUCUUAAGACUAGACUUAAGCUUAUGUUAAAAGUCUGGUAUGUUGUGCCUUCAUACUAUUAAAUAAGUAAUUAUCAUUAAGCCAGUAAUAAUAAAUAGGUAGCUAUAAUCGCAAGUGCCAAAUGUUAUGUAAUUUUAUGAAACUAUUAUUUUAAGCGUAAAAUUAUUGUUUUCUGUUUCUAAUUUUUUAAAUUUAGAUAUUAAACCUUAAAAUUACUGCCAAAUGUGUAAAUAUAGUAAUUAAAAAUCAAUUAAAUAAAAUUAAGAACAGUAAAAUAUA